ACUGGUCCGCCUAGAAUAGACUGGUCCGCUAGUCUAACAGAAGACUGCAAUGAGCGCCGUGUCGUCUGGCGCAGUUGUAGGUGCAGACGUCUGCACGCAGAGUAUCGUCUGUUGUCAAACCUGGACGAAUGUCGUGAUGUAAGGAACUAUGGAGGCCAAUUCUUAUCGGAGAUGAUGCGUUCAGCUGUGUUAGUCCAGCCCGCCAUAUUGCUAACGUCUCGAUACAACACAAGUUAAAUCUGAUGGUGUAAUGCAGGAACGACCGUCGAAAUGAUGUCUGUUGUCGGAGUUACCUGGCUGUCAGUCUGGCUGUCUGUGCUGUCGGGGGUUGUGAUUGGACUGAGCAACUUUUGUGCCUACUAUGACAGUGCCCCCUCUGACACUGUCAAAAGCAACGUCAAAAAUGGGGAAGUAUCAGAUGUGACCACCUUGGGGGGUGAAGUCAUGUUGGAUAACCGUACUAUACGCUGUGUGGAUGACAACAACUUCUGUUACACACUGUGGGCUGUCAAUGUCACAUCGGACAAAGAAAUCAUCAUCAAACAAGGAUGUUGGAUUGGAGACCAGAACCAAUGCUUUGACAAGUCCUGCCGGUCCAACAACCCUCCCAAGCGAGUGUCUGAGACGUACUCCAAGUUCUGCUGCUGCUCAGGCGGGGAGAGAUGUAAUGAGAACGUCACUGAUGUUUACAAGCCUGAUAUGCACACCUCAGAAGCACCCCGUAUACCACUUCGCCCGACUCCUGACCCAACUUAUCGUGAGAAAACCAUUAUCAUCUCCCUCGUCUCAGUCUGCUCCGUGGCACUUGUUAUCUUAAUAGUUUAUUUAAUUUAUCGAAUGUUUGUCACGAACAAACGUGUCAUCCAUGACCCUCUACAACACAUUGAAGCCCAGCCACCUCCUGGCUUCGAAAUCGAUGACUUGAAGAUGUGCAGCAUCAUAAGCAAAGGGCGAUACAGUGAAGUAUGGAAGGGCCUGCUCAAUGACUUGGAGGUCGCUGUCAAAAUAUACACUCCGCAUUAUCGACAGUAUUAUCAAAAUGAGGGAAAUAUUUACAGGCUGCCGUUUAUGGAACAUGAUAAUCUCUUGAAGUUUUAUGGAGCAGACGAGAGCCUGUCCCAGGAUGGACUCAUGCAGUAUUUAUUGGUACUGGAAUAUGUUCCUGUUGGUUCGCUCACAAAUUACUUAAAAAAUAACACGUUGGACUGGCCUACACUCUGUAAAAUGGCCUACUCAGUCUGCAGAGGUUUGGCUCACAUGCACACAGACAUAACUAAAGGAGAGAAGUUCAAACCUGCAGUAGCUCACAGAGACAUCAACUCAAGGAACAUUCUUGUGAAAGGAGAUCUGACCUGUGUAAUAGCAGAUCUGGGCUUCUGUAUGCCUAUUAUGGGAUCCAAACUCAUAAAAAAUGGCCACGCAGAAAAUGCCGAACAGUCAACACUCACAGAUGUUGGAACUAUACGUUAUAUGGCACCUGAGCUGUUGGAUGGUGCUGUGAAUCUGCGGGACUGUGAAGCAUCAUUAAAACAGAUUGAUAUUUAUUCUAUUGGCCUGGUUUUGUGGGAAAUAUCCAUGAGAUGUACAGAUUUAUACCAAGGGGCACCUGUUCCAGAAUAUAUGUUGCCAUAUCAGGCUGAGGCUGGUCCUCAUCCCUCAUUUGAAGACAUGCAGCUCCUUGUUACUCGCAGAAAAAGAAGGCCUCGUUUCCCUGAAGUAUGGAAAGACACAAACCAGGCUGUCCGGUGUUUGAAGGAGACAAUAGAAGAUUGUUGGGACCCCGAUGCCGAGGCUCGACUGACUGCCCUCUGUGUGGAGGAAAGAAUCUCAGACCUGAUGACAACAUGGGCACAGGACACAAAACACAGAGGUAUGACACCAACUAUCAACCCCACAGUGAACAUCACCUCACAGAGCUACUUGGGCAAAUCCUCACAAGGACUGAAUCAUGAUCAAAGUCACAACGUAGAUCUUUACGCUGCUAACAUGGUCGACUAUCGAUCUUCUGUUAGCUCUCCCACAGAGAACAGCAGUGCACCCCUCUUGGGAAACGGUGUUGUCAGAAAUGGAGAAAUACCAAACUAUAGUCAAAACCACAGAAGCUGGUACCAGGAUCGGAGUGUGUCAGCAUCCACCACAGAAACUGUUGUUCCAGUUACACCAAGUGAAUCAGAUCCACUACCAAAGUCAAACAACAUUACAAUAGCCAGAAACAAUGUAAUCCUGCAGCCUCACCAGGGGCGGAACCCGACUGUAGCGAGGAACACCCAUAAGCGAAGUGACGAGGAGCUGGCCGUCUCCGGCAAUACACUGCUCGGCCCGGGGAUGGAUGUGGCCAGUGUGAAUCAGUUGAGUGAAAACACGUAUGACUCUGUCGGAGACAACCUAGAGACUUCACUGGUUCAGAAUGAUGCACUGAACCAGCACAGAAAUCCACCAAUUCCCUACUUGCAGAAUCAGGUUCAGGUCCCUGCAGUUAGACCCAAAGUUGCCAAUGUGCCCGGGAACGGAGUUCCAUAUAGACAUCUUAAUGAGGGGAAAUCUCUUCGUGAAAAAAUUGGUAAAUUUAUCAAACCUAAAGAACUUGGCUUAAAACUAAGUUCCUGGAAUUUCUUCGGACUGAAGAGUAACACACGUAAUCAAAGUUCAAUUAAUUUGGAACCGGAUCAAAGCCAAUCAAAUCACAGUGUCAAUGAGGACAGUUCUGGCCUCCUGAAUCAGGCCAAUACGCUGCCCAAAACAGUGGUGCAACCAGUGCAGACAGAAAUAUGCUUACAAAAUGGACACGCUUUUGUCCGCCCCAGUAAUCUGGCCCUGCAGGAAAUGCCCUUGGCACACAGGCAGAGUGAGGCUGCUGGGUCAUCAUCUGAGGGAAGGUAUCCUGAAAACAGACUUGGAUUUGCAGAAGUAGGGGUGGCAAAACUCAAAAACUCCAAUGUUGGACAGCAGUCUGUUGUCCGACUGAAAGGCACUGGGCAGUCAAAGAGCACUUCUGACUUGAGCCCUGCACAUACUGGCAAGUCGAGGUGGCAGGAGACUAAAUUAUUUGACAUUGCUGAUGGGCAGAAGAGACGUCCGACCUCUCUGUCGUUACGUGGACACAACUAUGCUUCCCAACCAAAUCCUUAUGUUGUAGUUGGACCUACGAGCAUGGGCAGUUCAGCACCAAAUGUUGCCCUGAAACCACCAGACGAAAACUCAGAUCCCAGUGAAAAAAUCAAGAAGCGUAUCAAAACGCCAGUGAAUAUGAAGAAGGGGAGAUUUUCUCUGUAUGAUGAUAGGCUGAUGUGUCAAGGCAUGGAUGAAUGUGUACAAAACAAUACAGGCAAUGGUUUAAAGAAGACCAGCCUCAGUCUUCAUCAGCUUAAGCAGUCAGAUAUCAUAGAAGUCACAGGAUCACAACCACAGCUUGUCUGAUUGGAUUACCUCCCCUUAAUGGGGAUUACAUCCCUUGAUUACAUGUAAUUCUGAAUUCCAAUUGUAGAUAAUUUAAUAGAAGUUAAGUGUCAGUCAUUAGGCAUUAUGACUGAGUUGUGCUAAUAUGAAUUGCUAAAACUAUUCUCAGAUGUGUUUUAAGCUAAUAUUUCUUGUUUAAGAAUAACAAUUAGAUGGUUAAGAAACUGUUGAAUUACUGACUAUAUUAUUCUGCGUGCAUGUUAGAAUUUCUAAAGUUUAAUCAUAUUUGUGAACAAAUGUUUAACAAUAGCUUUAUGAUAUGGUUUAUAUUUCAUGAACAUUUUUCUUAGUUGUUUGUUUAUUUUUCAAUGUGUUUGUCAUGAGGCUGAGUUUGUGAGUGACUGAAAAUAAUAGUUCACGUUACAUUAACUUCAGACCUACAAGUAGUGUGACUGUAUCAAAUUAUGAUCAGAUCAGCAAAGCAAGCAACUCCAGUCUUUUUCUGAAAUUGUUUAAUGUUAUUUAAAAUACAUAGCUUCAAGAAAGAACUAAUUCUUGAAGGAUGGUGUUUUCAGGGAGGUCACAACUGUUCAAUCUGCAAGUUUAAAGCUAGUUUAAAUGUGUCAGGAAAAGAAGUUCUUUCCAAAUCUUUAUUUAUGUUAUGUACCACUAGCACUGUUAAAAACAAAGUAUGUUGUUUAAAGUUUGCUCUAACAGUUCUAGACUGCCCAUGAUGCAGUACCAUUUAGAUUAGGAUUGUAGUCAUUCAUAUUUUCUAAAACUGUGAAUGAGUUGUGAGCUGCCAGGGUAAUUGAAUGUAACGUAAGCUAUGGUUUUGAAUGCUGAACCAACUUUUAUAUCUUUAGUAUAUACACCCUGAUUCACUUUGAGAUAUAUAUUUCAAUAUUGUAUUCAUUUUUAGCUUGACUGUAUGGUUUGUCUUUGGAAUAAGCCUCUAUUUAUUUUGGAUCCUUCUGUAACGGAAGAUAUCUGUUACACAGUAUACCUUCAGAGACGCCAUUUCAUGAUAAGAACUGGUAGUUGUACAACUGCAUUGUGACAAUAUCACACUUGUAUGAUAAUUGUAACACCUGAACUAAUUAUGAUUUGUUGCAAGGAAUCUAAAAAUGACUAAUAUUUGUCACAAUUAUAUCUACUUAAAAUGAUCAUAGUAUAUAUAUAUGAAUGUCUUUCAAGCAUGGCAUUAGAUGUUAGAUGUGCUUCAACACGUGUUGAACUUAAUGGCAGUAAAAGUCAUCUUUCCACAACUACCUUGUGCUUAAAAUGGCAUUUUCUGCUAUUCAAUUGCUGUGAUUUCAUGUAAUUUAUUCCUUUGUACACAAUUUCAAACCACAAUAAUUCAACAACUUCCAAAUUUCACAAAUAUUUUCUGUUUAGUUUACAUUCUACACCUUGUUUCAAGUACACAUUUACCUUUAAAACCACCUGCAUGUCUGUUGCAUGUAAUCAAAUCAUCUGAAUUUAUAGGUUUCAUAUCUAAUUGAGGGGAAAAUACAAGCUAAACUUUAUACACAUCUUAACCGUUAUAUCACUGUUCUGGUGCUUGUGCUCGGUUGCAAGAACUAACAGUUUGUGUAAACAAAUAUGGUGAUGUUCCGGAGCAAGAACAAGAUGAAGGUAGUGCUACCAUGUUUUAAGCUAUCAUGAUCUCACUAUUGUUCUUUCAGCUGAUUCUUAGCAGGGCAUUAGCUGGAUGUUCUGUCUGCGCAUUUAUAACAAGUAAAACCAAUGCAACUUUCGGUCAUUAUGCUGAAUCUGGACUGAUUCCAUUAUGAAACCUCUAAAAGUUGGAUAUUCGUAGUAGGAAUAAGCGACUAUUGUUUCCCAUUAUUCUUACGAACAAAUGAUAGCUAGUUGCAAUUUCUAUGUGAAUUAUAGGCAAAUUAGGUUGGAAACCAAACAUGGUUUCAGUUUUCUUUGGGUGGCAUUCAGAGCUGCUAUGAUGAAAAGAAACAAUGUAUAUGGAUAGACAGCUCUUUAUUGCAAUAAUUGCAUGCGAUGUUUCAGUGUAGAUGCUAACACCCUUAUCACCACUUGCUUGAUAACGGUGUUAGCACCUACACCGACACAUCGCAUCCAUUACAAUAAAGGAGAUGCCUAUCCAUAAAAGUUGUUUCUCUCCAUGGUUUAAGUCAAUGAGAUAACUUGAAUCUGUCGAUUGAAACAAAUAAAAUUAACAGAUUCUAUUGAUUUCUCCAAAUAAUGGGCAUAUGGGGAAUAAAACUUUAUCUUAAGCAGUUACUUUUGUGUCUCUAAUGCCAAUUUAUUUUUCAUGAUCAGUCAUGUUGCAUGUUUUUAAUAAAUUGAAGAAUGUUUGAGGUUAAGAGUUAAGUUUUCAUAAAGAACUAUGUAACUCUGUACAAAAUAAAAACAAAAAUAUUUGAAAAUAUGUCAAUCAAAGCAUAUUUUAUUUUACUUACUUUAAAAUAUGUUUGGGGGCUCCUUUUAAAAAAGAACAAGUCUGGACUGAUUCCAUUAUGAAACCUCUGAAAGUUGGAUAUUCGUAAGCAGGAAUAAGCGAAUAUUGUUUCCCAUUAUUCUUACGAACAAAUGAUAGCUAGUUGCAAUUUCUAUGUGAAUCAAAAGGCUGGGAAUGUGUAAUAUGUAUAAGCUAUUCUAUGCUUUUGCUGACCCUGCAAAUAAAUGUCUAUCACGAUGGACACAGUGAAGGAUACAGCUGAGUGGAACUCCUGGACAAGGCAGCUGUAUAACAAGGCAAGCAACACAAAAUAUCUCAAACUUUUGGGUCACUUGAAAAUGAGGUAUGAAUAGGAAAAAUAAGAAUUUGGAGUUCCAUCUUUUAUGUUGCUGACUGCAUAACACUGUUUCUUCUCUUCCUCCUAAGACUUUCCUGCACUACUACUUUUUCAAAUUGUAAUUUUGUCACCAAGUAUUCAGAAUACUGUAUUUGCCUUGGCAAGGGCAAUGCUCUUAUUAGUGCCCCCAGACUAAUGUCUUAAUAAUCUUUGUAACACCCCUGAAAAAUUUACAUACCGGUAAUGUCCAUAUUUGCAUUUUUUGUUCAAGAUCUCCAAAAACAAAUAAAAGUUGUGUAUGUUUGUUUGUAAGUGCCCCCUUUCUCGGCCAUAAAGAAGCAUAUUACAGUGAAUAUGGUAAGUCUUUCAUAUGCAAGCACUGAAAA